AUGUUUCCUUUCUUCAACCAGAUACGGUUCUCAUUUCCUCAUGUGAAAUUUAUUUAUUUUCACAGGAAGGAAAAGUUGAUGCGAUGCUCUCAAUGCCGAGUUGCCAAAUACUGUGGUGCUAAGUGUCAGAAGAAAGCUUGGCCAGACCACAAGCGGGAAUGCAAAUGCCUUAAAAGCUGCAAACCCAGAUAUCCUCCCGAUUCCGUCCGACUUCUUGGCAGAGUUGUUGUCAAACUUAUGGAAGAAACCCCCUCUGAAUCGGAGAAACUUUACUCAUUUUAUGAUCUGGAAUCAAAUAUUAACAAACUGACUGAAGAUAAGAAAGAGGGCCUCAGGCAACUUGCAGUGACAUUUCAACUUUAUAUCAGAGGAGAAAUACAAGAUGUUUCUCAACUGCCACCUUCCUUUGACAUCUUUGAAGCCUUUGCAAAAUUGAUCUGCAAUUCCUUCACCAUCUGCAACGCGGAGAUGCAGGAAGUCGGCGUGGGCCUGUACCCCAGUAUGUCUUUGCUCAAUCACAGCUGUGACCCCAACUGUUCGAUCGUGUUCAACGGGCCCCACCUCCUACUACGCGCUGUCCGAGACAUCCAGGCCGGAGAGGAGGUAAGGAGCCCUGGUUCUCACUCCUUUCCCCCAAGCCCCUCCCAGCCUGGUCCUUCCCUGACACUGGAGCCCAAGGGACAGCUUCUCGUUGUCCUGCCCAGGAGAAAACACGCCGCCUCAGUGGGACAGGAGGCCACCGCAGCAUCCCGAGCCGCGGCCCCAGGAGCGAUGACCGAGUACAAGCUGGUGGUGGUGGGGGCCGGAGGUGUGGGGAAGAGCGCCCUGACCAUCCAGCUCAUCCAGAACCACUUCGUGGACGAGUACGACCCCACCAUCGAGGACUCCUACCGGAAGCAAGUGGUCAUUGACGGGGAGACGUGUCUGCUGGACAUUCUGGACACGGCGGGCCAGGAGGAGUACAGUGCCAUGCGGGACCAGUACAUGCGCACCGGGGAGGGCUUCCUCUGUGUGUUCGCCAUCAACAACACCAAGUCUUUCGAGAGCAGAUCAAGCGGCUAUGGCAUCCCCUACAUUGAGACUUCCGCCAAGACGCGCCAGGGCGUGGAGGACGCCUUCUACACGCUGGUGCGUGAGAUCCGGCAGCACAAGGAUGCUGAUAUGCUGACUGGUGAUGAGAAAGUGUGGAAGGAAGUUCAAGAAUCCUUGAAAAAAAUCGAAGAACUGAAGGCACAGUGGAAGUGGGAGCAGGUGCUGGCCCUGUGCCAGGCCAUCAUCAGCAGCAACUCGGAGCGGCUGCCCGACAUCAACAUCUACCAGCUGAAGGUGCUGGACUGCGCCAUGGAUGCCUGCAUCAGCCUGGGGCUGCUGGAGGAGGCGCUGUUCUACGGCAUCCGGACCAUGGAGCCGUACAGGAUCUUCUUCCCGGGCUGCCACCCCGUCAGAGGCGUGCAGGUAAUGAAAGUUGGCAAAUUGCAGUUGCAUCAAGGCAUGUUCCCGCAGGCGAUGAAGAACCUGAGGCUGGCGUUCGAUAUCAUGAGAGUGACGCACGGCCGGGAGCACAGGCUGAUUGAAGACCUGAUUCUGCUCUUGGAAGAGUGCGACGCCAACAUCAGAGCAUCCUGAGGGCCCGCAGGAAGGACGCUCCUGCCCCCGCCUUCCCGCGCCGCACGCUCCGCACGCCUGCUGUGUGGCCCUCCCCGCCGGCAAUGCUCUCCGUGUGUGUAGGUAAACAAGGCCAACACGCGGUGUGCGGGCCACACGCAUCAGUAGUCGUAGAGAAGCACGAUUAUAAUAAACACAAGAAACUUGGUUGAAAA